CAAUACAUCAACUAAUUACCAACACUCAGUUGUUUGUAGUCAAUUAAGCGUAUCGGUCGGUUGUCUGCUUUUAAGUGUUACUUUUUAUUUGCCUUGCACGCAUCGCUUUUCAAUUCUAAAAGAGGCUGUCCACAGAAGCUUUAAAAUGACGGAUGUCAAACAAUUUUUAAAAAGCCAGGGUCCAAAAUUAAUACCAUUUUUUGUAUUUGUGAUUAUAUAUUUUGUUUUUGUACGAGAUCCACAUGGUGAAUUAUGGACAACUCUAUUGAAAUGUGCACCAAUCUUCUGCUUAAUGUUGUACAUUAUUUUAAAGGGCAUUAAUUUAACCAAAGACUAUAGAUAUUCGCAGAUUAUUUUAUUAGGCUUGGUAUUUUCGAGUGGCGGUGAUGCGCUUCUAAACAUAGAUCUCUUCCCUCAUGGCAUGGGUUCAUUUGCCUUGGCUCAAAUCUGCUAUAUAUUUGCUUUUGGUUUUAAACCAUUAAAAUGGUUGAUAGCAGUACCUUUGUAUUUGGCAGGCGCAGCUUUGGUGGCCAUUGUUUUUAAGGAUCUAGAUGAGAUUUUAGUUAUUGGUCUUCCUGUUUAUGUUUUCCUAUUGUUGACAAUGUGCUGGCGUUCUUUGGCCCGUGCUGUUGACAGUAAAUGUUUCCUUUACAUUUUCUGUGCCGUUGGCAGUGUGUUCUUUGUCAUCUCUGAUGGUUUGAUUGGUGUCGAUAUGUUCCUAAUUAAAGUUCCACAUGCUAGAAUUUGGAUUAUGUCCACUUAUUAUUUGGCUCAGUUUGCCAUUGCUUUGAGUACCGCCAUUGAGUUGGCCAAGAAGAAAUCACCAAAAAACUUGAAGGGGCGCCAGAUGAGCGCCCGCCAGCAUGUGAAAACUAAAUAAAGACUGAAACUGUUUAUGAACACAUAUCUACACAACUUCCUAUUAGUAAUCACAAACCAAAUUGUUCAAUGUCUUAUCCACCAGUUGUAACCGAAGUACUUCCAUUUGUUAAAUAUAUCUGAAUUAAUUAAAUGCAUUUAUUGAAGUAUUCAUUGUAUCUCUAUAACUAAACUUGAAUGUUAAUCCUAUAUAUAGUUAAUUAAAUAAAAAACGAUGUAGAUAAUAAAUUUUAUAUAAAAA